UGGAAGAAGAGAGAGAGAGGAGAGGAGGAGAGCUGUAUUUGUAAAGUCAGAGAAAAGCUGAGAGUGGCAGAAGAAAGUUGACACCGUGUAAGAUGCACUGCAGCCGCAACAAGGAUUAACGACAGACCUUCUCCUGCCUGCGAGGAGGAGAGAGCGAGCCGAGCAGGAUGCGAGAGAGGAUGCUGUGCAGGGGAAAGGGGAGUCUUUGACGAGGCAUGCAUACCGCUGCUGCUGCCAGGCUGCACAGGUGUAAUAGGUGCAUCCGCAUGCAUUCACAGCAGCACCAGCAGCAGAGCUCGACGGAGGGGUGCCGACAAGUUUGACUCUCUGUAACCCAACGCUCACAUUCCGUCCCUCGCACAAACACGUGUAAGAUGCAUACAAUCUAGACGUACACACUCACAUAUAGGCUACUCACACACCUUCUGCACAUGCCCACGCUAAGCGCAAGCACAUCAGUGGAUCAGAGUGUAGCAGCGUUCAGUCGUGUGGAUGGUUAAAACUGGGAAGCUGGAUUCCCCCGUUUCUUCUCGGAGGAUUCAUCCCGAGGACAGGACAGGGCUGAGCAGGACGAGUUUAAGGUAAAGACAUCCUCAUCCUCAUCAGAGUGGAUAGAGAGCUGCCUGACUACUCAUCUGUCCCGAAUGAAACUCUCUUAAGGUGGACAGGGUACAUUAAAAGAAUUACAUGUCCCAAAGGGGCGCUGUCGUGGCAAGCAGCAAACCCACAGCCAUAAAUCAACACUGGAGAACUUUGAUUUCUUCAUUAUUGCUUCUUGCGGCAACAACAGAGAAACAGACAUGUUGGCAGGCCUGCUGACCUGCGGAUGUGCACCAUAGGAUUCUAUUUCUGGAGCCUCAUUGCUUUUACAGAUUAACUGCCCUCAAAUAUGGCCCCAAUCCAUUCAUUGCGCCACUAGUUCGACUGCUGCCGGAGGUUGCGCAUAUUCAAGCUUCAAAACACCCCACUGUGCGUCAGUCCAGUCAUCUGAAGCCCGCUGCCUUUAGCCUGCUUUUUUUUUUUUUUUUAAAGCAGUGUCAGUACGAACAAACACAUGACAGACAGCCUGAAAGUCAUUUUUGUUUUUCUCUUCGCAAUCAUUUCUCAGCUCACAAGUCAUUUCUCAUUUUCAUCCAAAACAGUUGAAAGGACAGAUUGACAUUCAAAGCUUUAAUGCUAAUAACAUGACACUGUGCUUAGAUUAAGACUUCAUAUUAUAUUGCAGGAGACAUUUUUCAUGAGUUCCUGUCCUGAGGGCAAAUCACGCUGAAAUCCCAUUGCCCAAUGUUUUCAUUAGCCUAUCUGGGGCUAAUCAAGGUCCUCCAUCAUCAGAAUUGACAUUACCAUAUUGGAUGAGAGAGAACGUAGCCAACAUUAGCAUAUUCAUGAACACUGACGCACUCAAUCAUGUGAAAUGGAAGACAUGGGGCAAACCCUGAGCCAUCAAGCCCUGAAACAAAUAGCUUAUGAAAUGUGAGGAAAAGAGGAUCUUGAGUCCUCCAAUACAUCUUCAGCACAUCCCAUAGAACACAAAAGAAGGCUACCACUGGCACAUUACGGAUAUUUCAUAAACCUGGCAUGUCUUGUUGACCUCUGGCCUAAAGCCUAUAAUAAUAGAGAAAUUAAAGAAUAGGAUUAAAGAUGGAUUAUCACUGAAAAACUAAAGCCACCAAAGCAGCUGCCUUUGCAUAAGUCCAUUGGACACUCUUCAGGGAGACACUCUGCGGACUGAUUUGUAGAUUACAUUUGGUUGUUGAUGCGGUGGCCUCUUGUGUUGUUGGCAUUAAAAGAGAGGGAUGGAGAAUCUAGAUGAGCUGGAGCACCCUCUUCUGGGAGAAAACCCCAAUAACAGUCGGGCAUCAGGGCCAGGGCUGGGACCCGGGACUGGACAGGCCCCUGGCGGGAUGUUCAAGGGCAUCUUGGUCAAGUGUGAGGAGGACAGGGCCUACCCUCCUUUAGUGUGGAGGAGCUAUUGUGGACAUCCUCCUGAGCUUCAGCAGCAGCAGCUACUGGACCCUUGCUCCUUGCCUCGCACACUGGAGUCCUUCUACCCAUCAGCACCCAUUUGGGGCCAUGCUGACUCCCUGCUCAGCAAAGACUACCUGGAAACCACCUUUGUGGACAUUCGGCCCGGUUCCACACUGGAGAGGAAGCUGCUGGCUGAAACGCAGGACUUCCACAGUGUGGCCUACAGCAUGGAUGAUGAGGAUGACCUGCUUCCCGACUCUGACGACUCAUCCAUUGAUGACUUCAGUGAUACAGACAGUGAGAGCAACUUCCCUCUGAUGAUCCCGCAGGACUACCUGGGUCUGGCCUUCUUCUCCAUGCUCUGCUGCUUCUGGCCCUUGGGCAUCGCUGCCUUCUACCUUUCACAGAAGACCAACAAGGCAUCCGCUCAGGGGGAUUUUCAGGGGGCCAACGCAGCAUCUCGCCAGGCUCUGUGGCUUUCAGUGCUCUCCAUUGUGUUUGGAAUCAUAACGUACAUCUGUGCCAUCGCUGCACUGAUUUCCUACCUGUCUGGAAAACCACCAUAAAAGCAACUCUUGCACAAACACACACACACACACACACACACACACAAAAAACAGACCUCUCACGAAUUUCAUCUAUAUCAACACAACAUAUCACCUGUAAAUGCAAAAUAAUCACAGUCUUUGUCUUCAGUCAUGUUAUAUCUACACCUGGAAAAAGGACAGGAGAUGUGGUGUAUAAAUUAUAAUCACUUCUAUUUGGAUUAAGACAUAGUUCAGCUCAGAGGACAUUCCUCAUGUGUGAAGAAAAAUCAUUGAAAAAGAAGUUAUACGAUAUCACUCCUUAUAGAAGAUCCAGUCUGUAAAUGUGAUUUAUUUUGUCACCUGAGGAUUUAAGUUACCUGCCAUACUUUAAAUCUGUGCUGUAGUUGUCAUCAGGUUACCGGAUUUAAAAAAAAAAAAAAAAAAAAAG